AAGAGGAAGGCCACCUUGUGUUGUUGAGAAAGAAAAGCCUACAGCGGUAGCUUUUGGUUAGGUGGAUAUACUGCAGUUCUCGGCGAAUUUAGUGAGAUCAUUUUCUCAUAACGAUGAGGGCGGGGUGUGGGAGCAUCACAGAUCUCAGUGCAUUGGAUGGUUGCUGAAGCUGCGAGGAAGAGGAAAGAUGUAGGACCAUGGUGAAUGAUUUGGGACUGGAAGACUUUGAUUCGCGCUGGAAAUUAAUUACACGGUCUACUGUCCCCAAGGAAUAUGAAGAAGAGGAAAAAUUGGAAACUUAAUUCUUUGAAGCAGUGGAAGUGGAUUAAAUGAACGUGUCUGAGGAGGAAUUGUAGCAACUCAUUGUCAUGGCGAAGAAGGCCCGUACUAAGGGCGAAAAGCCCGAAGCACUAAUCUCUGCCCUACAGGCUGCCAAUGAAGACCUCAGGUCGAAACUGACGGACAUUCAAAUCGAAUUGCAUCAGGAAAAAUGCAAGGUGACUAAGCUGGAACGUGAGAAGGUGCAGGAGGCCAAGCGCAUCCGCGAGCAGGAGCAGCACCGGCACACAGUGGCACUGACCGAGCAGCGGGCCAAGUGGCACGAAGAGAAGAUGAAGGAGCUGCAGGCGCUGCGGGAGAGCCUGGUGCGCCAGCACGAGCAGGAGCUGCUGCGCCACGGCAAGAUCAAGGAUGGUGAGAUCCAGCGGCUCAAGGCGGCCAUGAGCGCACUGCGCGACGGCAGCGGCGAGAAGGUGCGCACAGCCCUCACGCUGGAGGCCAAGGAGGAGGCGCGGCGCUUCUUUGACCAGGAGCGCGUCAAGCUCCUGCAGGAGAUCGCCGAGCUCAAGUCCUCCAAGAAGCAGACGGACGAGGCGCUCAGCACCAUCAUCCAGGCGGACAAGAUGAAGGCGGGAGACCUGCGCUCAGAGCACCAGAUGCACCAGGAGCAGAUCACCAAGAUCAAGUGGGACUGCGAGAGAGACAUACGCAGGCUGGUGGAUGAGAUCAAAGCAAAGGACCGCACCGUCUUCGCCCUGGAGAAGGAACUGGAGACAGCCACAGGCUUCCUACAGAAGCUGCAGCUACAGAAGGAUGCCCUGGACGAGCAGCUCUUUCUGGUGAAGGAGGCUGAGUGCAACCUGGGCAGCCCCAAAAGGGAGAUCCCUGGCCGGGCAGGCGACGGAGCCGAGUACUGCGGGAGCCCCGACAUGAGAAGGAAUCAAAGGCGUGUGGCUGAGCUGAACUCGACCAUCCGGAAGCUGGAGGAUCGCAACACACUGCUGGGCGAGGAGAGGAAUGAGCUGUUGAAACGUGUGCGGGAGUCAGAGAAGCAGUGCAAACCCAUGUUGGAGAAGAACAAGCUGUUGAAUAAAAGGAACGAUGAGCUGACUCAGUCUUUACAGCGAAUGGAGGAGAAACUGAAGGGUUUGACCAGGGAGAACAUGGAAAUGAAAGAGAAAAUUAGUUCUCAUCCUCCACUAAAGAAGCUGAAGUCCUUAAACGACCUUGACCAGGCUCACGAUGACCAGGAGAUUGAGUUCCUUAAGCUUCAGGUUCUCGAACAACAGACUAUGAUAGAUGAACUGACAAGAGACCGAGAGAAAUUGCUAAGGAAAAAGAGACAUAAACGAAGUUCCAGACCCAUCAAGAGGCACAUUGUUGUGGACACCUUCUUUGGGUACGAUGAGGAGUCAAUGGAUUCAGAGACCUCGUCAGUAGCUUCCUUGAGAAUGGAUAGGACUCCUGCUACUCCAGACGAGGAUUUGGACGAGGGUCUGGCUCGUGAGGAGGCAGAGUUGCGCUUCCGUCAGCUGACGCGGGAGUACCAGGCUCUUCAGCGCGCAUACGCUCUCCUGCAGGAGCAGAAGGGAGGCAUGCUGGAUGCGGAGAUGGAGGCCAAGGCUCAGGAGCAGCUUCAGGCAGAUGUGCAGCGUUACCAGGCCAAAAUCGAGGACCUGCAGAAGGAGCUCACACUCAAAGGACAGGACUCAAAAUGGGUGGAAGAGAAACAGCUCUUUCUGCGACGGAACCAAGAACUCUUGGAAAAGGUGGAAAAGCAAGACAGUGAGAUUGGGCGACUUCAUCAGGAACUGCAAGACUCCAAAGACCAGAAUGAGCUCCUGGAGUUCCGUAUCUUGGAGCUAGAGGAACGAGAGAGGAGGUCUCCUCCUUUUAACCUCCGGAUCCACCCAUUCUCUGAAGGAGUCAGCGCUCUCCAGAUCUACUGUAUGAAAGAGGGGGUGAAGGAUGUGUGUAUACCUGAUCUCAUUAAACUUCUAGACAUACUGGGAGACAAUGGGAACUUACGAAAUGAAGAGCAAGUAGCCAUUAUUCAAGCAAGCACGGUGCUUUCUCUUGCUGAAAAGUGGAUACAGCAGAUUGAGGGAACGGAGGCAGCACUACACCAGAAAAUGAUGGACUUGGAGCUGGAGAUGGAAAUGUUCUGCAAGCAGAAAGGUUACCUUGAAGAGGAGCUGGAUUACCGAAAGCAGGCUCUGGACCAAGCUUACAUGCAAAUCCAGGAGCUGGAGGCCACCCUGUACAAUGCCCUGCAGCAGGACAAGGUGAUCAAGUACGGCGAGCCACUGACGGACACGCAGAAGGACGAGCUGCGCACGGCCGUGGAAAAGCUCCGCAGGCAGAUGCUCCGCAAGAGCCGAGAGUAUGACUGCCAGGUGCUGCAGGAACGCAUGGAGCUGCUGCACCAGGCACAUCAGAGGAUACGUGAUCUGGAGGAUAAAACAGACAUCCAGAGGAGACAGAUCAAAGACCUUGAGGAAAAGUCAAACAGGCAUCCCGUAGAUCAUGUCUGCAGCAGCAUCUCCCCGGUGAAGACCCAGGCCUUACUCAUGACUCUUAAUAUUGUGUGUGGAUGGAGGUGGCGUAUGUUCAAAUGGACUCAGUCUGGACCCUCUGAGAUUUUUUAUUUGGGACCCUUCUCCGAGAUUCCACUGUGUGACUGUGCUGGACUUAGCUCCUCCUGGGAGCUUUCUGCAACUACUGUGGAAUUAUUGGAAACAGACCUUCAGCUUGAAGCCUCUCAACCUCUUUCUUUUUCUCUAUCUCACUCUCUGUUUGAUAUUUAUAGACAUACAGACAGACAGACAGACAGACAGGCACGCACACACACACACACACACACACACACACACACACACACACACACACACACAAACACAUACACAAACACACAUGACCACACACACAAAUGCUCACACAGAGUCAGAAACCAAAGUCUCUGCCAUGCAGGGGAACACCAUUGCCACCUGAAAAGAGGUUGAAGGUUAUACACAACCAGACCAAUACACUGGAUCCUCUCUCUCUCUUUCUCCUUUAUUCUUUCUUUCUUCUUCUUCCUUUCUUUCUUGCUCCCUUCCUUUCUCUCUCUUCUACUCAGAUUUCUCCCAUGCACUCUCUCUCUCCCUAAAUAGAGGAAAAGACACAUACAGACGCAGAUGCAACCCCUCCAGCCCUAAUAAUGUCCAGGGGCCCCUCUCAGACUCAGGUCCUCCGACCCACCACCCAUUUCAUCCCCAGAGACAGGACAGAGCGGAGGCCUCUCAGCCUGCCAGGGAAGCAUGCCAGAUGGGACAGGGGGGUGGAGAGGGGUGGUCGGACAACAAACUCUACACCCACCAACCAGACCACCCCCAGUCCGAGCCUACAGGGUGCUUCAGAGAACCACCCAUGUCCUUUUAUUUUUUAAAGAAAUCAAAUAGAUCUGAUGGAUGUUUUUUUUUUUUUUUU